AUGGGUGACUGGAGCUUUCUGGGUAAUAUUUUAGAGGAAGUGAACGAGCACUCUACGGUGAUCGGCCGGGUGUGGCUCACGGUGCUCUUCAUCUUCCGUAUCCUCAUCCUGGGCACGGCGGCAGAGUUUGUGUGGGGCGAUGAGCAGUCUGACUAUGUCUGCAACACACAGCAGCCUGGAUGUGAGAAUGUGUGCUACGACGAGGCCUUUCCUAUCUCCCACAUCCGCCUGUGGGUGCUGCAGAUCAUCUUUGUGUCCACGCCGUCGCUGGUGUAUGUGGGCCACGCCGUGCACCAUGUCCACAUGGAGGAGAAACGCAAGGAGCGCGAGGAGGCAGAGCUUAGCCGCCAGCAGGAACUGAGUGAGGAGCGUCUUCCUCUCGCACCCGACCAGGGAAGCGUCCGCACCACCAAGGAGACCAGCACCAAGGGGAGCAAGAAGUUCCGGCUGGAGGGCACCCUGCUGAGGACCUACAUCUGCCACAUCAUCUUCAAGACGUUGUUUGAGGUGGGCUUCGUUGUGGGCCAGUACUUCCUGUACGGCUUCCGCAUCUUGCCGCUGUACAAGUGCAGCCGCUGGCCUUGCCCAAACACGGUGGACUGCUUUGUGUCCCGCCCCACAGAGAAGACCGUGUUCAUCAUCUUCAUGUUAGCUGUGGCCUGUGUCUCGCUCUUCCUCAACUUUGUGGAGAUCAGUCACCUGGGCCUGAAGAAGAUUCGCUUUGUCUUUCGAAAGCCAGCCCCGGCCCCAACCCAAGCUGAGGGCUCGGCCCCCCUGGCGCCCCAAGGGAAGAGCCUGCCCCCCCUGGCCGUGCCCUCCUUCCAGAGAGCUAAAGGUUACAGGCUGCUGGAGGAGGAGAAAGCUCCCCCAGUGACUCACCUCUACCCGCUGGCCGAGGUGGGCAUGGAGGCUGGUGGACUGGCCCCACCCUUCCAGGGGCUGGAGGAGAAGGCGGAGGAGGUGCUGCCCAUGGAGGACAUCUCUAAGGUGUAUGAUGAGACUCUGCCCUCCUACGCCCAGACCACUGAGACAGGGGGGGUGACACUACACGAGGACCCGGAGGAGGAGGUGGAGGAAGAGGUGGUGCCGCCAGUAGAGCCGGAACCAGAGAGGGUGGUGGUGGAGGAGGCUGUGGAUGAGGAUGUGGAGGUAGAAGAGGUAGUGAACGGGGAGGGGGGGACUCCGGCGGAGGCAGGGAUCGAGGCCACGGAUACGAUAGAAGACACCAGACCGUUGAGCCGAUUGAGCAAAGCCAGCAGCAGGGCCAGGUCAGACGAUCUCACCGUAUGA